CUCUCCCCAUCUCGGCCUCAGCAUGCUCGCCCUCGCCCGUCCCUCCGUCCUGCGCGCCUCGCGCGGCGCCGCCUCGCGCUCGCUCGUCACCAAGGCCGAGCGCUGGACGCCGCAGCAGAUCCGCGCCAUCGACGCCGCCGGCCUGCCCAGCGUCGACCUCGCCUCGACGCUGCCCAACAUCGAGGCGCGCUGGGCCGCGCUCGACAAGGAGCACCAGUACGCCGUCUUCCGCCAGCUCGAGGAGCUGCAGCGCAAGGACUGGAAGGAGCUCAGCACGGACCAGAAGAAGGCCGCCUACUUUGUCUCGUUCGGCCCGCACGGCCCGCGCAAGCCGCACGUGCAGCCGGGGCAGGGCAUGCGCACCUUCUUCGGCACCGUCGGCCUGAUCGGCGUCACCGCCGCCGUCUUCUUCGGCAUCCGCAGCCAGGCGCCGGCGCCGCCCAAGACGAUGACCAAGGAGUGGCAGGAGCAGAGCAACGAGCGGGCACGCGAGGAGAAGCUCAACCCCAUCACCGGCAUCUCCAGCGAGGGCUACAAGGGCGAGGGCAUGGUGCAGUAAACACGCAGAGAACGCCAGACGGACGGGAGGAGCAGCUGGUCUCAGAUGCGAAGGCGCCUUCGGCCCUCGCAUUCGUCUUCCCGCGCCCUCGCCGUCCAUCGACAUCGUCCGCUUCGUCUUGGCCAUGCACGAGUGGAACACCCUUUCCAAUUUGCCCUUCGUUCUCGAUACUUUGCCGAACACCAGAUGGCGCCCACACGACAUGCGCAAAAUGAUAGUUAGACUGAACAAGCCCGAGACGGAGAGAUCGAGGACGAGGGAGAGCAUGGAGUCGCUGGCGACGAGGUUGUCAGCGCAGCGCACCGAGCAGCAUCGAGCGCCGUGCUCGCUUCUUGUGCUGCCUCUGUCGGCCUUGCAGCGAUGUGUCACGAGGCAUCAGAACA